AUGUGGUGGAGCGCCCGUCUGAAGUUGGUCCUCUGCAAGAGGCUAGCAGCAGUGGGCAGGCUAAUCAGCAAAUACGGGUAUUGGGCAGCCUUCCAGGCAUUUCGCGCCGAUACUCCUGGCGCACUGCUUUUCCAGCCCACGAUAUGCAGACCGCGGUCUGUUACUAUCCGCGAGCUGGAGUACUUGCAGGAGGUUGGACUAAGUGUUGCUGACUGGGGCUCUCAUAGGCCCGCCAGGAACCGGCAAGCCCAGAUGCCGUCAAACGCGGCACUCCGGGUCCAGCAACGCAUGAAAGCCGUCGCGCAACACCAGGUGCCUGUUGGGAAAAUGGGCACCGCCAUGAAGCUGCUCCGUGCAGUAAAGAGCAAGGGGAACGGCUCAGGGCGCACGUACACAUCCAAGUACCGCGGCGUGCAUCAGACCUUCCCCACCAAGCGCUGGGAGGCGCAGUUCCGCCGCAACGGCAAACCCACCUCCCUCGGUUGCUUCGACAACGAGGAGGAAGCUGCCCGAGCGUACGACAAGAUGAUGCUUUGGUGCGAGCUGCACAACGCCGCGGGCGUGAAGAGCGGCAUCACCAACUUCGAUCCUACCGAGUACGAGAAGGAGUUUGCGUGGCUGCAGGCCAUCACGCAGGACGAGCUCAUCGAGACGCUUCGCAGUGAGGGCCGCCGGCAGGCCGCUCAUCGGGCCAUGCGGCAGAAGCGCGAGGGCUUCGUGGAGUCCCACACAGAAGAACCAGAGGACCCGGCCCAGCAACAACAACAACAACAACAACAACAGCACGUGCAACAGCAAAUGCAGCAGCAGAAUCCGCAGCUUGAGUUGGAUCCUGCUGUGGCGGCGGCCACGGCAGCGGCAGCAGCUGCCGCUGCCGCCGCCGCCGCCGCCGCCGCCACCGGCGGCAUGCAGUCGGCGCCUGCCCUUGUCGGUAUAGCAGCGGCGCCGACGGACCUUCAGCAACAGCUGCAGCAGCUCCAGGGUAUCGCAGGGGUUGGCACGGCGGGGGCGCCGCCGCCGGAGGGGCUGCCGGUAGGACCUCGUGUGGUCUCCUCCUUUGGGGACGCAGGUGGCGGCGGCGGCGGUACUGGCAGGCCGCAGGAUGGCGCUAUCACCACUUCCACUGGCGGGGCCGCCAGCAGUGACGGCGGUGUGGAUCCUGGCAUUGUGCUGACCAGUGAUGAGUUCCUGCUGGAUGCGUAG